AUGGCCGACUCAGUCACGAUCCGUACGCGGAAGUUCAUCCGUAACCCCCUGCUGGGUAGAAAGCAGAUGGUGGUUGACAUCCUCCACCCUGGCAAGGCUGGUAUCGCCAAGCAAGACCUUCGCGAGCAGCUUUCCUCGCUGUACAAGGCAACCGCCGACCAGGUCAAUGUCUUCGGUCUCCGAACCCAAUUCGGUGGCGGCAAGACCACUGGUUUCGCUCUCAUCUACGACUCCCCUGAGGCCAUGAAGAAGUUCGAGCCCCAAUACCGCCUCGUCCGCGUCGGCCUCGCUACCAAGCCCGAGAGAGCUUCGCGCCAACAGCGCAAGCAACGCAAGAACCGCCAGAAGACCCUCCGUGGUACCGCCAAGGUAAAGGGUGCCAAGGCCAAGAAGGAGAAAUAG